AUUCUAAGUAUAGUUUCUGGUUUACUUUGCGUUAUCGUUAAAUGUGUUUAAGAUGUCAUAUGUUUAAAAUAUACAUAUAUUAUAUAAAGAGUUUUAUAUAUUUACACAUUUAAGAUUUUUUUAUUUUUCUUCUAUAUUAUAUGAUAAAAUUAAUUAUUUUUAGUAGUACAGUUUUUGUAGUGCAUAUUUUAAUUUAUAUAAAAUUUUUCAAGAUGCAAAAUUUGGAAUUAAAGAAAAAUUUAUCUAAUGAUAGAGUAUUUAAUGCAAUAAAUAAAAUAUUUAUAUCAUUAGAAGAUGAUGAUAUACAUAGAAUUAAUAAGUCUUUAUUGCUGGUGAUUCAAGCUAUGAUAAAUCUCAUGAAAUCAGAGGAUUCAUUGUUUAAAAAAGCAUACCAAGAAAUUAUUUUUAUAGGUAGUUUUUAUAAAGGAACAAAAAUAGAAAAACCAAAUGAAUUUGAUUUAAAUAUUAUUUUAAAAUUACCUUUUAAUAAUAAACAAAUAAAUUUUUAUUCGGAAAGGCCAGCUUUCGUCCAAAUUCAAAUAGAUCAAUCAUCUAUAUAUAAUUCAUCUAAAUAUGAUCUUCUCUCAGAUAAAGAAAAAAAAACAUAUAACAGUAUUAUUGAUUCUGGCUAUUUAAAUCCAGAUAAAUUUCGUUUUUGGAUUCAAAGAAUUCUAUCUAAAGUUCUUAAUAAAUUACCAAAAGUUGAAGAUAAAUAUGAAUUAAUAGUAAAUAAUCAAAAGAUAAAAAUCAAAAUAAUAGAGAGUGGUCCUGCAUAUACAAUAAUAAUAAAUAUGCCACAUGAAACUGAAAAUAUUCAUAUUGAUUUAGCUCCAACAUUAGCUUUCCAUAUAAAUAACAUUAAUCAGUUUACUUCAAAAUUUAAUGAACUUCAAAAUUGUCGAAAUGAAACAUGGUUUGCAAUUCCAUUACCAUUAACAGAUAAUGAUUCUAAUAAUAAAAAUCUUUAUUGGAGACUUUCUUUUAGUUAUCAAGAGAAAGAAAUUCUUGCUAAAUAUGGUCGUAUAAAACCAGUCAUACGUCAAAUAAAGAAAUUAAGAGAUACACAAAAUUGGAAAAGUAUUGCAAGUUAUUACAUAGAAACUUUAUUUUUACAUAAAAUAGAAGAAUUAAAAAAUGAUCUUGAAAAAAUACCAUUUACAUUAUUUUUAUUUAAAAUGCUUCAAGAAUUAUAUUAUGCUUGUGAUAAGCACAUGUUGGAAUUUUAUUGGGAUAAACAGUAUAAUUUAUUCUCAAAGAUUAGUAAAAUAGAAAUGCGUAACAUAACUUACCGCUUAAAAAAUAUUAUAAGCAAUAUUGAAAAAUGUUCAAGUGAUCAAUUCAUAUUAGCUAAAUAUAUUUUAAAUUCAAACGAAUUACAAUUAUUAAAAGAAAAAAUAAAUAACAAUCAAUAUAAUACAAGAAGAAAAUAG